UCUCGAGCAACUUCGUGACAGUCCACAGUGGCAGUCUAGCAGCGCGAGGUGUUGUUGGGUUUGUUUUUUGUCGCUUGAUCUUACCGCGUCGAUCUCGGAGAAAAGCACGUACCUAAAUGUAAACGGUAGCGAGGCCGUUCUUGAAGGAUUCGCUCAUUGCUCUUGCGGGCAACCUAGGUAAACAUUCACGCACCUACGGAAUUCCCCAGUGAUUUCGUGUAAAGCAUUUCGACACACAGUGAAACACACAGUCAAAUUAAUGUUUCGUCACGUAUCUAUUUCAACCUUGACCUUCGAUUGACAGCAUUAUUUUUGCCUCAAUAACACUGAGACAAGAUGUCGACGUCGGCGAUAUACAUUUUGGAUGUGAAGGGUAAGGUGCUGAUCUCACGAAACUACCGUGGCGACAUCGAGACUGGUGUCAUAGAAAAGUUCAUGCCACUGGUGAUGGAGCGCGAGGAAGAGGGCAAUCUCACUCCUAUCAUCCAGACUCCAGAAUGUACAUACGCAUAUAUAAAAUAUAACAAUCUGUAUAUCGUAUCCACUACGAAGAAGAACGCCAACAUAUCCCUGGUGUUUGUGUUCUUGCACAAGGUGGUACACGUCAUGCAGGAAUACUUCAAAGAAUUGGAAGAAGAGAGUAUACGAGACAACUUUGUCGUCAUCUAUGAGCUCUUGGACGAGCUGUUGGACUUUGGUUACCCUCAAACCACUGACAGUAAAAUUUUGCAAGAGUAUAUUACUCAGGAGGGUCAUAAACUGGAAAUUCAACCCAGAAUCCCCAUGGCUGUGACUAAUGCUGUCUCAUGGCGGUCAGAAGGUAUCAAGUACCGCAAGAAUGAGGUGUUCCUCGACGUGAUAGAGUCGGUGAAUCUCUUGGCGAACGCCAAUGGCAAUGUCCUGAGCUCAGAAAUCGUAGGUGCCAUAAAGAUGAGAGUCUACUUGUCAGGAAUGCCAGAACUCAGGCUGGGUCUGAACGACAAGGUUCUGUUUGAGUCGACCGGCCGCGGCAAGUCCAAGUCUGUGGAGCUGGAGGACGUCAAGUUCCACCAGUGCGUGAGACUGUCACGUUUCGAGAACGACCGGACGAUCUCGUUUAUCCCGCCAGACGGCGAGUUCGAGCUGAUGUCGUAUCGAUUGAACACUCACGUGAAACCCCUCAUAUGGAUCGAGUCCGUGAUCGAGCGGCAUGCCCACAGCCGCGUCGAGUACAUGAUAAAGGCGAGGUCGCAAUUCAAGCGACGUUCGACGGCGAACAAUGUGGAGAUCGUGAUACCGGUGCCGAACGACGCUGACUCGCCCAAGUUCAAGACCACAAUCGGCAGCGUCAAGUACUCGCCGGAGCAGAGCGCCAUCACCUGGAUCAUCAAGUCGUUCCCGGGCGGUAAGGAGUACCUGAUGCGAGCGCACUUUGGCCUACCCUCGGUCGUCGGCGAGGACGUCGAGGGCAAACCGCCCAUCCAAGUGAAGUUUGAAAUUCCAUACUUCACCACGUCGGGUAUUCAAGUACGAUACCUGAAGAUCAUCGAGAAGAGCGGCUACCAGGCGCUACCGUGGGUGCGCUACAUCACCCAGAAUGGUGAUUAUCAGCUGCGGACGAAUUAGCCACUCGGCGCCGACGCAGCUUACGGUCAUCAUCAUCCCGGGUUUUCUCCGGCGUCUCCGUUACUCUCGGCUGCGACAAGUAGCCGGUGCGCGUAAUGUACGUUUUCCCGAGGUAUUCAGAACCGAUAAUUGCGCUACUGCUAUUACCGCUGCCACCACCACCGCGCGCUCCCACCUUUUACUCCCUCGAGAUUCAUCGCGACGCGCGAGAAGGCGCGCGCGCGCGCGCGCUUAAAAGCGACCGCUUCUCGAACACCGGCCUCGCGAGUUUCUUCUCGGUUAUCCUUUCGGCGAACACACAUUCCGCGGACUCAACGUUGCUCUGGAACCGCUCGAGGUGAUCGCGAAGUGAAAGAUCCUGAGCGCACGCGAUAUCGCGAAUUCGAAUCCGAGACUCGCUCACGCUCCUGAGAGUACUUAAUUCAGACAACGCUCGACUCGACAUCGAGUCUACUUUCUACACGCGUAUAUUUCCCAAUUUAUUUUUCUAAACACGAUAACCCUUCUAAUAAAGAGACGACUUCUAAUAAAGAGAAAAAAAAUAUCGUUCCUCCCUCCGCGCUCCCGCAAUACCCGCAAUGAGAGAUCGUACGAGAGAAUUGGGAGUCAUUUCGUAACACGUACGUUUGGCAAGGCGAGUUUACGGACAGAAAGCGUUUGAUAUGUAUAUGUAUAUGUAAGUAAUAAAUAGACACUAAAUAGAGUAUUA